AUGAGUUUGUGGGGAUAUAGCGACGAUCUACUGUGCAGAACAUUCCCAACAACUUUGACGGGUAAGGCUCUAACUUGGUUCUCUCAUUUAGAGUCUAAUUCCAUCAAGAAUUUUGGAAUGAUGUCAAACGUGUUCUUCGAGCAGUACAAGAUUAACCUCGGAAGCAAGAAGGGAAGCAGUCAUUUAUUCCUUUUGCAUAGGGAACCUGGUGAAAGUCUAAGUGAUUUUAAUAUUAGGUUCCGUCAGGAAGUAAGUGAAGUUGGAAAAGUUGAUGAGAGUUUCGCGAUAGAAGCAUACAAAAAUGCACUGGAUUAUGAUGAGUUUGGAAUUUACAACUCAUUAACAGUCCAACCAGUUGGAAGCCUCGGAGAGUUGUAUGACAGGUCUGAUAGAUAUGCUAAGGCGGAGAAAGAAAAGAAAGCAAAGUUGUCGCGGACAACAAAAAGGCCAAUGGUCGAGGGGAUGACGAAACCGAAACAACAAUUUGAAGGUAAUACCAAAAACAAGAUCCAUGAAGGUUCUACAAGGAAGGUGAGAAACGAAGAGGAGUCUCGUAAGCCGCAAGAAAAGCAAAAAGUAAGGUUUCCCAAGCUGAAUAUUGGACUUGGGGAACUUUUUAAGAAGAUUAAAGACUUGCUGCCCAUUCCGGAGCCACUACCAGUGGAAACAAGGGAUAAAAGAGAUAAUAAUAAAUAUUGUGCUCAUCAAAAAGAUCAUGGGCACAAUACAGAUACUUGUCGUGCACUCGCAGCGGAAGUCCAAAAUAUGAUUGAAGAGGGAAAGCUGCAGCAAUACGUGAAGAAGAAUCCAACACAGGUCAACACACUGGCCAACACUCUAGAUUUACGAGAGAUCAGAGUCGACUAUGCCAGUCUGAUUGGUACAGAGACUUUGGAAGAAGGAAAGACUGAGAUAUCUUUUUCGAACGCUGAUAUUGCUGGAGUAUAUCAACCGCAUAAUGAUGCAAUCGUGAUUCUAGCUCUCAUUGGAAUGUACAAGGUACGUAGAGUUCUGGUCGAUACUGGAAGUUCAAUUAGCGUCAUAUUCUCGGGAGCAUACUCUUCAAUGAGUUUUAGUGAGAGCCAAGUUGAAGCAGAUGAUAACCCCAUCAUCGGAUUUAGUGGGGAAACGAUGACAGCAAUGGGAAGAAUUAAUCUACCUACGAUGGUGGGAGGAAGGACGGUUAUGCAAUAUUUCUCGUUGCUAGAUUGUCGCGCACCCUACAAUGCUAUUUUAGGACGUGAUUGGAUUCAUUCAAUGGAGGUGGUAACUUCCACUGUCCACCAGUGCUUGAAAUUCAUUACUCCAGCGGGAGUGAUGAAAGUCCGAAGCGACCAGGUGGCACCUCAUAAAUGUCACGAAAGAGCAAUGGAGGAGUAUAGAAAGUCUGAACUAAAGGGCUCAGAAAUACUCCAGAAUAGUAAAGAUGUUUUCACUUGGAGUCUCGGGGACAUUCCAGGUAUUGAUCCUGACAUCGCGUGCCAUCGGUUGAAUAUCAGUGAAGGAUUCAAACCAGUAAGGCAAAAUCCGUUAAAGAUGGCUCCGGAACGGAAGGCAAAGGUAGCUGAGGAGAUAGACAGGAUGUUAGAAGCAAGAAUAAUAAGACCUGUCAAAUAUCCAAAGUGGUUGGCAAAUAUUGUAGCAGUUCCGAAGAAGAACGGGAAAAUUCGGAUAUGUAUUGAUUUUACAAAUUUAAAUAAAGCAUGCCCAAGUGAUCCUUAUCCAAUGCCCAGGAUUAUUGAGUUAGUAGACGCUACCUAG